CGACGAACUGGCUCCCCAGAUUCUAGAAUCACGCAUUUCAAAUGUCAUUUAUUUUGCAACAAGGGGAUGACUUGUCCACUCAUAUGAAAUUUCACUAUAUUUUCAAAAUUAUAAUCGCUGCUAUAUCGCGUUGCUUGAAAUUCUGUUCUAUUCGCGUACCCGAACUUCAAGCUUUCCUUUCGAUCAAACCCUUCUAUUUAUAUCAAACAACUAUGUUUUUUGGUUACCUUGAUAAUCCAUUACUCAUACGGAUAUAUUGGAAACUUCCAACGGCCAAGGACCUUUAAAUUCCGAAAAUCCGUUUGCCAAUUGAGAAUAGAUGAAAAUUCUCAUUUCUUCUUCAAUUUUCUGUUUGUCUACAAUGGGAAAAACUAACGCAUGAAAUUAUUUGAGACGUAUGUAACCUUGAAUUCCUUUCAUCUCCAUUGAUUCUCAUUCAAUAACAGCUAUAUCUCGCAGCUGAAGCUGUCAUCUGCCAUUUGUAAUCCCGAUACUUAGCAUAAAAGAAUUUCCUUGAGGAACAUCCUGAUAUUAUUGAACCUUGGAAAAGGUAAGCGGAAAUAAUAAAGAAGAAUGUCGCUGAAACCAAAACGGGUAGACUUCUCUCAAACCUGGGAUAUUCUCCAACAAACUGUCAAAGGAGUCAUCACGUUAGCCGAUGUCCCCAGAUCGACAUGGAAUGACAGAUUUACCGAUGUGUAUUCCCUGUGCGUUGCUUACCCUGAACCACUUGCCGAUAGACUAUAUGAUGAAACCAAGCACUUUCUCGACGAUCAUGUGUCAGAACUUUUGUUGGGGGUCUCCAAACAAGGGGACGCAAGUCUUCUGCAAGCAUAUCACAGUGCAUGGACAGAGUAUUCACAGGGAAUCGAUUACCUUCAUCAACUCUAUCUCUACCUCAAUCAGCAACACAUUAAAAAGCAAAAGACAACAGAGGCAGAAAUAAUAUACGGGGCAUCGUGCGCUGCCGCAGCAGAUUACCAAGAGCAAAUGGAGAUCGGAGAACUUGGGCUGGAUAUUUGGAAACGUAAGAUGAUUACUCCCUUGAAGGAAUCUUUGGUAUCACUCUUACUAGCAGGAAUUCAUGGCGACCGAUUGGGAAAAGCUCGACAUGCUACCACUGACGUUAUCUGUGGGGUCAUUCAAAGUUUUGUUCGUGUGGAAGAAUACAAAAAGAAAGGCCAGUUAGAUUUGUAUCAGCAAAUUUUUGAAGAACCUUUCCUCGAAGAUAGUGGAAAUUUUUACGCAAGAGAAGCAUCCGAGCUGCUCCAAAAGUCCGAUGUAUCUUAUUACAUGGAACAAGUGAGCUGGAGGUUUAGUCAGGAAGAACUACGCUGCCAAAAAUUCCUUCAUAGUAGUUCAGCUCCAAAGGUGCGACAGUGCUGUCAGGAGAAAAUGGUUGCCGCGCACUUGUCAUGGUUACACACCGAAGCCGAUGUGAUGAUUGAAAAUGAGCGUAGAAGGGAUCUCAGUUUUCUUUAUCCUUUGCUGAGGCCAUUGCCAUCAGGCCUGGCGCCGCUUAUUCGAAAACUUACAGCGCAUAUCACUCAGCAAGGCUUGCGAGCUAUCGGAACUCUCCAAGGUGACAAUGUUCACACGCAAUUCGUGGAAAGCAUGCUGGACGUCCAUACGAAAUACUAUGAGCUCAUUAAGGCUGUAUUUAAAGGUGAUCAAGCUUUCAUUAGCGCCCUAGAUAAGGCCUGUUCAGCCGUCGUUAAUCAUCAGCCUGCUUCUCGUCAGCCAGCACGUGCUGCCGAACUGUUGGCCAAGUACUGUGACUCCCUGCUGAAAAAAUCAUCCCGAGGAACGACAGAAAGCGACGUGGAGGAGAAAUUGGCCCGGUCGAUAACAGUUUUCAAGUACGUAGACGACAAGGACGUGUUCCAGAAGUUUUACGCUCGAAUGCUCGCCAAGCGGUUAAUCCAUCAACAGUCGCAGUCAAUGGAUGCGGAGGAAGCUAUGAUAGACCGGUUAAAACAAGCAUGUGGAUAUGAAUUCACAAAUAAAUUGCACCGUAUGUUUACCGACAUGUCUGUCUCCGCUGAUCUAAAUACCAAGUUUUCAUCCAAUCUGAGGGAACGCGAAGGUCAGGGUCAAAAACAACUCGGAAUCGGAUUCGGAGUCUAUGUUCUUCAGGCCGGUGCCUGGCCGCUCGGUCUUCCUCCCGCUCCCGGUCCUUUUCACGUUCCGCAGCAGCUAGAGCAGUCCAUUCAGGCUUUCGAGACCUUUUACCACGCUCAAUUCAGUGGGCGUAAGCUCACCUGGCUGCACCCUCUUUGCCAGGGUGAACUGAAGCUGAAUUACUUGAAAAGGCCGUAUCUGGUUACCGUACAAACUUAUCAAAUGGCGCUACUCCUGUUGUUCGAACAAUGCGAUACGUUGCCUUGCAAGGAGGCUGCCAUGUCCCUUGGUGUGUCUCAGGAACAGCUCGAGAAGCACGUAGUCAGCUUGAUAGACUGUAAACUUUUGAAGAAAUCACCCGAUGGCGAACUUGGCGAGGAGACGACACUCAUGCUCAACUUGGACUACUCGAAUAAACGGACGAAGUUCCGGGUCACAGCCGCUCUUCAACGGGAGGGACCCCAAGAUGCAGAAACCACUCACCGCAGCGUCGAUCACGAUCGUAAGCUUUACCUCCAGGCUGCCAUCGUACGUAUAAUGAAGAAUCGGAAACUCCUGCGACAUAAUCAACUUGUGCAAGAGGUUCUUGGUCAGUCUAAAAUUACUUUUGCUCCAUCAAUUGGAAUGAUCAAAAAAUGCAUCGAGGCUCUGAUUGACAAACAAUAUAUCGAGCGUACGGCGAACAGUUCGGACGAAUAUUCUUACGUUGCGUAACCUAGCUCCAAUCCACCUUGCUAAUUUAUUUCAAGUAAUAAGAUACUCCCGUAUGUCUUGUGUACUACGGCGCAACGUAAAGCGAUUCAUUGUCAGCAGGAGCAAGUAACUAUGUGAUCAUCACUCUCUCUCUGUUACACAAGAAUCAUCUUGCAUUGUAAUCGCACGUCAGUUAUCUGCCAAGGAAAAUGAGAUUCAGCCCAGUUAAUGCAGCUGAUUUGUAACAAUGAAACAGGGCCAGGGAGUAACGUAAGAAACUUAACUACUCCUCAACCGAUUAAAAGUAAAUUAAUUGAUUAGGUAAAAUGUAAUAUAUACGCAACCAAUAAAGAUGCCGUUAUUAUUUUA